AUGCUCGAUCUCCCCUCUGCCUUUGCUGCUGAUGUUGGGCACAAUGUGGAAUACAACAUUCGUGACCUUGGCACUCGUUCCGUUACCCUCUUCCCUGCACAAGCCCAGGUCAAGCGAGACAUCAAGGAUGUGCCUUUGAAGCCUGGUAUCAACGAAAUAUCCAUCGUUGGCCUGAGUCCUACCGUUGACAAGCACUCUGUCACGGUUGAGGGAAGCGGCGCUGCUACCGUUACUGGUAUAAGUGUCGAAUACCUACCCAAUCGUGAGAUGUUUGAUGAAGUUUACCCUGGCUCGGAUGAUGACGACGAUGAUGACUUCGAAAGCGGAGAUGGUGACCAAGACGAUGAGGAGCCAUCAGAUGAACCGCAGAGCCAGACUCUGUUGGAAGUCAAGAUGAAGCUUAUUGAGCUUCAGGACGAACGGCAGAGGGCCAGGGAGAUUGUCGGCAAUGCCGAUAAUCGUAUCAAGAUUCUCGACGUGUUUUCAAAUUCCCUCGACAAGAGAGAGGGCGUCAACAUUAGUGAGAUGCUCGAAAUCUAUCAGAAAGAGCACACCAAGGCUUUUGAAGAACGAUUGGUUGGUGUGCAGCACGAGAGACAGCUUACAGAAGCGAUCGCCAAUGCCACCAAGGAGCAUUCACGCCUGGCUCGACUUGCAGAGAAGGCCCGGGCAAUAGAAAAUAAGAGCAAGGCCAAAAUCCAAAAAGCCACAAAGAAGAAGCAAGAGCAGCGCAAGAAACUACUUGAGAAGCGUCGCAACGAAAAGCAACGCAUUCGUGAUGAACGAGCUCGAUGCUGGCCUCGAUAUUGCUACACCGUACACAUCCAGCUCGAAGUCCACUCGUCUUAUACGCCGGCCUCGUCUCGUCGAGAGUCCACGUCUAGUGAGUUUGACCUUGUCCAACGGCCCCGGAGUAAGACUGUUGAGAGGGAAGAUAUAUCCUCAUGCCACCUCAUCCUGUCGUAUGUGACGGACUCGGCUUUCUGGACUCCGAGUUAUGAUAUGCAGUUGUCAACCGUUAACUCUAUGGGUACCCUAUGCUUUGAUGCUGGUCUUCACAAUACCACAUCCGAGACUUGGGAGAAUUGCAAGAUCACCUUGUCCACCUCCCAAGCUUCAUCUUCGAGCCUCGAUGAGUCGCAUCCUGUCCUCACACCCUGGCGUAUCAAGCUGGGUAGUAGGAGCUCAGGGCAUGGCUCUAGUGAUGUUCUUGAGAGCAAUGCAGAGCGUCAACAAAAAGCCUUUCCUCGCAGCAAGGGGUUGAAGCCGCCGCAGAGCCACUCCAGACGAAUGGCUUUCGGUAUUGGUGGGAAUGCGUUGGAAGACUAUCAGACACAGCUGAUGUUACUCGAGCAACAGAAUAAGAAACGAUCUAUGAUGGCCAGGCAAGAGAAUGGCGAUGCGCCUCCAGCACCACCUUUCUUCAACCCGGGACGAAACCUAUCGCGAAUGCAACCAGAUCAGAUACAGGAAAGUCAACAGGCAAUAGAGCAGCGCCGGAUGCAAAAGCAGCAGAUGCAAAAGCAGCAGCAGAUGCAACUAAACCCUCCAGCUCUUCAUGGGCAGCCGGUGCUACAACAGCAUGGAGAUUUGGUUGAUUUCGACUUUGACCAGUUCUUACAUGAGCCCAAUCAAGAUGCGGGGACGCCGGAAGCUCAGCCCUCUAUCGAGUUCCAAAACUCACUGGUCGAAGAAACGGGUUUCACAACAACGUUCGAUCUACCUGGUCUCAAGACCCUGGUGCCCAAGUUCACAGUCUCGAAGCAGCGCGUCGCUCGUCUGCAGUUCACCAAUGUCCAGUUCAGUCACACUAUUGUAGCAAAAUAUCAGCCAGUUGCAUAUCUCAAGGCUAAGCUCAAGAACACCAGCAAACUUACCCUCUUCCCCGGACCAGCAAGUUUGACACUUGAUGGUAGCUUCAUGGGUCAGACUAAGAUCCCUCAAUGUAGCUCUGGUGGGAGAUUUACUCUUGGUCUAGGCGUUGACUCGUCGAUCAAAGUCAUAUACCCCAAACCCGAUGUCCGAAGAAGCACGAGCGGCAUGUUCAACAAGGAAGACAGCUCUGUCUAUGUCCGUACUGUCACGGUGCACAACACCCGCGUCACUGCUGAAAAACCGGUUAAUCUGUUGGUUCUGGAUCAAAUUCCCGUUUCCGAGGAUGACCGUUUGCGCGUCGAGCUGUCUACUCCUCGCGGGCUUACAGCCGAGGGACCUAGCCAACCAGCUGGGGCUCCUGGGCGUGAGUCGGCAGAGGAUAAGGAUUGGGGCAAGGCAACAGCAUCCCUGAAGAAGUACGGUCAGAUUUCAUGGGAUGUUUUGCUGAAUGCGGGUAAAGCGGUCAAGUUGCGUCUCGAGUACGCUGUUUCGAUGCCCAGUGGUGAUGUAGCGAAAGAGUGUUGA